AGUCCAUUUUGACCUCAUUUUGGACCCGAUCCUCUCAGUCCAAGCCAUGGUGCAAAGCAUUACGACCCUCAUCCUCAAGACGGCCAAGAAGUUGAGCCACGAGGACUUCCUGGGUGCGCUGCGCAACUUGUGCCGUUGGGCCGUGCCCGAAGUCCAACAUGCCUUCGACUUCGUGCAUUUGCCUUGGAAGAAGUUGGCCGUGGUGAACUUCACCUCCCCCGAGACUUGUGCCAAGUGCUACCGCGUCUUCUCCGCCAUCGCUGGCCAGGAGAGCAUGCUGAUCGUGGAUCUCAAGGAAGCACAACAUCAGGGCCUUGCCCAGAAUUUGGCUUUAUACUGCUUGAGAUCUCAUCACAUGGAGUCGGUUCAGCCUCGGGUCUUCGUCAAUGGAGUCGAACUGCCCUUGGCGCUAGCCUGUGCCAAGCUGGUUUCGCCUCAGAUGCUGCAACUGGUCGCCUUGCAACAGGCAGGAGUGGAACAUCCCCCAGGCCUGCCACCACUGCCGAGGAUGCUCUCCAAGCUCGAGACGGUCCAGCGCUGCCGCGACGCCGACGCUCUGUCCGUGCCCUUCGCUGCGGAUGGAUGUCAAAUGGUGUUUUCCUUGUGAGCGAAAGAUGAGCCUGUGCUGGGAGCCUGCGCUGACAUGAGCCGCCUUGCCUUGGGGAUGCCACGGUCGACCGAAUUUACAGCCUUCGGCAUGCCGCCGGCCACCAGCUCGAGCCCGCAUUGGCAGGCAGCCUAAUGAUGC